AUGACAUAUUCAACUGGUAUUAGUCCUUCAUCUGUAGCUGUUGGUGAUUUUAAUAAUGACACUCGAUUGGAUGUCGUCGUCGCUAAUCUGAAUCAGAAAAGUGUUAGUGUAUACUUCGGAUAUCCUAAUGAAGGUUUUCUAAAUCAAACGAGCCUCAUAACUGGGAAUGGAUCUCGGCCUAAGUCAUUCGCCAUUGGAGACUUUAACAAUGACGAUCAAACAGAUAUUGCGGUUGCGAAUUCAGGCACUAACAACGUUGGUAUUUUUCUGAGAUAUGGCAAUGAUUCUUUCGCAAAUCAAAUGACAUAUCCAACUGAUUCUUCUCCAUGGGCGGUAGCUGUUGGUGAUUUCAACAACGAUACAAUACUUGAUAUUGUCACCGCGAAUCAUGACAAUGACAAUGUUGGUAUAUUUCGUGGAUGGGGUAAUGGUUCCUUUUCAAGCCAGAAAACGUUUUCAACCGGUUUCAACUCUCAACCGAGCGCGGUUGCUGUUGGUGAUUUCAACAACGACACCUUGCUGGACAUUAUUGUCGCCAAUUAUGGCACAAGCAACGUCGGUGUGUUGCUUGGAUAUGGUAAUGGCUCCUUCGCUGAUGUAAAAAGUUUUUCGACCGGUUAUGACUCUCUUCCGUUCUCGGUUUCCGUUGAUGAUUUGGACAAUGAUGGAAAGCUGGAUUUCGCCGUCGUCAAUAAAGGAGCUGACAAUCUAAAAAUUUUCUUACAGACUUGUUAAUAUCGCAACUCCUAUCUUGAACCUUUUUUAAUUUCAUUCACUGUUUCUAACUUCUACUUAGUCUCACUAAUAUUUCUUGUAAUCUUUUCUUAUUGAUCUUUUGAUUUCUAUGCUCAAAUAAACUGCGAUUGAGACUAGGUGCCUCAACUAACGUAUUGACGCGUGGGUGUGGAUAUGUGUGUGGAUGUGGGUAUGUGUGUGGAUGUGGGUAUGGGUGUGGGUGUGGGUGUGGGUGUUGAUGAUGUGAAGAUUAACAGCCACUCUCACACCCACCCACACCCACACCCAAACGCAACUCAAUGAGUCCUGUUCGUGAUUAAAUUUCUGUCUCGAAAUAUGAGCCUAUUCGAUUUUUAUAAGUGAUCAAAAAUACAGAAAAAGAGGCUUUUUGGUAAGUUAAAUCCCUCAUAACUUUUGAUAAGGAUACGAUAGAGGACCAAAAGUAUUACCGUAGAUAGAAUAUUCAAAGAUCUAUGUGUGCUAAAACUUUCAUCUAAUUCGAUAAAUGCGUUCGUCUAAAACAGGUCUUCCAAAAAUGAAGCUUUGACAAAUAUAUCGAUCGCCUCGGGAUCUGGACCUUAUCGUUUGAAAGUGUUCCCGAUGGGCUACAACUCGGUGUAGAAAUUAGCAUGAAAUCUCUAGAAUUCGCUGAUGACGGAGAGCAUCUUUCGAGCCGAAUGUUAAAUUUUUGUUUAUGAGCCAUUCGAUAUAAGCAAUGAUCGCUGAAUAGAAAAGCUGCUCCGAUGAAGUCUUCAGAUGUCGCUUGAUCUAUAAUACUUUGAUAGAGGGAAGUGUUUUGUAAAAUUUGGCUCAAGCCGUUUUGAAUCAUAGUGAACUAUUGAAUUUUUGGAUAAAUGUGCUUGUGCUAACAUUAGCUUUGCCCUGACCCACAUCCACACCCCACUCUAAAUUGAAAUUAUACAAUGGUAUAUCAUUUAGGAGAACGCAGAUGAGACUGCUCGUCAAUUUCAGAAAUAUUAUGACUAAACUCCUCCAACACAUACCAACAUCUUGAACCUUGUACAGAAGUUCAACUAGAUCGGAAGUAUUCAUGAUACACCUAGAUUUGGUCGAUCCAGAUCUGUUAGUACCGGUGAAAAUCGAGAAUGAAUGCAUGCUGCUUUUCAGAAAAAUCCCGAGACGUCAUGUAGAAGAGCAUAUUUGAAGCUGACUAGAACCAGUCUUUGACGCAUGAUGAAGGAACUAAAUAGAUACUGAUUAUGUGCUACACCUUUGAGUUAUGCUAUCUACUAUCUAUGAUAUAAAUAUGAGAUCACAUUGACUAUGUCCAAGCAAAAAAAUCGAAAAAAAUAUUCGUCCUAUUACUUUUGGCCCAUCCAAUAUGUUGAAUAAAAAAUGUUUAAUUAAAUUUUUAUUAGUUUUUAUUGACAAAAAUCCAUGGAUAAUUUAAAGAAAAAUAAUUAUAUCGAAUGAUAAAUGAUUCAAUUGGUCAAUUAUUAUAACUUAAAUAUUCUUCACAAAUAUAUUCUGAUAAACCUUCUCAAUACUAUGCAGUGGUUGAUAAUAAAUCUUCAUCACUAGAAUUAAUCAAAAAAUAAUAUUGAUUAAACAAAUAAAAUUUUCUAAUUUAAGAUAUAUUCUUAUCAAAAAUAGAUGUUCACGAAAAACUUUUCUCGUUAAUAACAAAUUCAAUAGUGUGUUAAUCAACCAUAGGUAACAAUGUAAAUUUGAUUAUCGUUAUCAUUGAG